UUCACAUGGAAACAUAAGCGUUUAACAGCAUUUAACAGCUUGUUCGAGGUGUUUAAGGUGGAAGGUGUGCUAGUUGAAGCUGAUGUCAUGAAUGCUGAUGUUGCUGUCUUCACAUCUGGACUUCCGUGGAAUAAAAUCCCCAACGCCACCCACCUGAACCUCCCAGACUCUGACACUUCUGCAUGGAUUUUCCCUUCACUCCUUCCGGCUCCCUCCAUUGAGAGAAUGUACCCCGGCGAACCCUACCCCUCCCUGGGCCCCCAGCACCCGGAGGCCCAGCUGGAAUUCUUCCACAAGCUCGGGUAUUCCACGGCUCAGGUUCAGGCCGUUCAGCAGAAGUUCGGCCUCAACAUGGACACAGAUAAACUUCUGGGGGAGCUGGUGAGGAACGGGGCGAGUCGGGAGGCCAGUCAGGGGGCCGAGCAGGGGCCGGGGACCACGAUGUCUGUGCUGUUACCCAGAGGGGACCUCCAGGCUGCGGGCCCCACCAUGCGGCUGCCUCUCCCUGUAUCCUCUCCUCAGAGCAGAGAGGAGAACGGCGAGGAUGAAGACACUCUGAGACCCGUUGUUAUAGACGGGAGCAACGUGGCCAUGAGCCAUGGAAACAAUGAAGUUUUCUCUUGUCUGGGAAUCCAGCUGGCUGUGAACUUCUUCAUGGACAGAGGUCACGCUGACAUCACCGUGUUUGUUCCCUCAUGGAGGAAGGAACAGCCCCGGCCAGAUGUUCCCAUCACAGAUCAGCACAUUCUCCGAGACCUGGAGAGGAGGAAGAUUCUGGUGUUCACACCGUCGAGACGUGUCGCGGGCAAACGGGUGGUCUGUAACGACGACUGUUUCAUCGUCAAGCUGGGCUACGAGUCUGACGGCAUCAUCGUGUCCAACGACAUGUACCGAGACCUUCAGGGAGAGAAGCCGGAGUGGAAACGCUUCAUCGAGGAGAGGCUGCUCAUGUACUCCUUCGUUAAUAACAAGUUUAUGCCUCCUGAUGACCCUCUGGGCCGCUGCGGACCGACCCUGGACAACUUCUUGCGGAGGUUUCCAAAGACUCAGAAGAAACAGCCAUGCCCUUAUGGAAAGAAGUGCACUUAUGGGAUCAAAUGUAAAUUCCACCAUCCUGAGCGAGCCAAACAGUCCAACCGCUCGGUUGCUGAUGAACUUCGGGAGAAUGCUAAAAACCCGUCCACAGCUCAGAAACAAUCCUCCACUCGCUCCAGUCCGGUGCCUGGACAGAGCCUCUCGCUGGUGGAGGAUAUGGCUAAGAAACUGACUCUGGGACAUGACAGUGGUUCCUUAAAGAAAGAUCAUAAAAAUGAACAGGUGAAGGCGAGUCACCGCUCCAGCAAGAGGGCCACAUCUAGAAAGGAGAAGCACUCGUCUUCUGACUUCGGCUCAGUGCGGCAGUGUGGCUCUCAAGAGCAGCUAGACUCUGGUUUAGGCUCCAUAGACAGUCAGCUAUUGGGGUCGCCUCGGAGUGUGUGUGAUCACCAGUAUGGCGAGAUAUACGGGAGCUCUCAGCACACCCACAGUGUGAGACAACAGUACUGCCCUCCAUGCAGCUGCUGCUCACAUGGCCCUUCCUCUCGGGAGACCACACCAGCUUUCCUGCACCACGAGCAGCAUUACAGCAUUCCCUACCCGACUCAUUACGGCAGCUACAGUUCAUACCCAGUCAGCAUGCCUGCGUACAGUCAGCCGACAGAUUUCCAGCACAGCAGAGCCCACGGGCGCCAGCAGCAGCAGUUCUGGUCUGAUCCGUACGGGGCUCAUCCUCCGGGGGUCAGCAGCCUGCCAGGGGAGCGUUUGCAGUGGGAGCCUCCUCGGGGGACGAGUCCGGGAGGGGUAGAGAGAGAAGUUGUCCGGAAGAAGCUCCUCGCUAUCUUCAGCGUUCACUUGGUGGACACGGCCAUGGACAUGUUUCCUCAGCUGAUGGAUCCACAGAUGCUGGUAGUUGAGAUCCUCAAGCUGCAGAGCCAGAACAAGUUGCUGAGAUGAGAUGAAGUGCAGCGGCGGUCUGAACCCUCGUCUUUCAGUGGAAAGACUGAAAAGAUAAACAUGAGUUUGUGUAUUUAUGUAUUGUGGUAUCCACCUUGAUGUAAACUGUACUUAAAAGGCUAAAAAGACUUAAACUGUCCAAAUGUACACGGAUAUUUUUGAAAACAGGGUUUUUCCACCUUCGUUCCCCUGUCCACAUAAGCACUGUUAAAAAACAUCUUGGUCCAAAACUCCAAAACACAAUUAAAGUGGCCAGUAUGCAAAAGGCCAAAACGCAUAGAAAAAGCUAUGUUUUAAAAAAUACCCAUGUACGUGUGGACUAGGGCUGUAUUUCAGUUUCUUUUUUAAACUAUGUUACAUUGUUAGUUGUCUCAUUGAACUGGAUCAAGUAAGAGGCAGCAUGUUGUUGAUACAAAUUGUAUCUUUAUUUAAAAAUGUGAAAGGAAAUAGUGGAUUUAAUCGCCACACUCUGGUACCAGUGAACACAGAAUCCACUUUGUUUGGUGCACCUGUACAAUCUAAUGCCUUCCACUGUAAGUGUCAUCUUUUAUUAUGCGUAUAAUGUCUUUUUGUGUCAUAUUGGCACUGUGCAGUUUAUGCUUUCACUGUUGCAGAGAGUUGGACAAUAGUUCACUAUUUUGUCCAAACUGUCCUAGAGGAGCACUUACUUGCUGUAAAUGUUUAAAAUGUUUUAGUGUUUAUAAAAUCAUAGAUGAAGCCUCGACUGUCCGUAGAGCUUCAGGGGACAGUUGAACAGAAACCUGUCAGUGUUUAACUGCUGUCGAUGACAUGGACUGUUUUUGUGUUUAACAACAGUUAUGAAAUAAAGUGAACAUUUUAAUUAAAUGUCA